AUGACAAAGAACGUUGUCGUCGCCUCCAAUAACGGGUGGCGAUUAGUCGCGUUUAGUUUGAUCGCGUACUGGAUAUCUCUCGUGUUGAUUUUGAAAACGAGGCGAGAUGCAGUCGUCUCGUUUUCGUCUUCUUCUUUAUCUUCUUCUUCUUCUUCUGUUGAAGCUCGGGGAAGAGAGAUAAGGCUCGCGGUGGUGACUCCGACGUAUCACCGGGAGAAAAACAGAAACAUCCAGACUAUUCAGUUAAUCGCACUACAAAAUACGCUCUGUUCGACGUGUUUGGGAAUGAUAUGGAUCCUCGUCGAAAGUGAGAGCGAUUGGAGAAAGAGUUCGCUGGUUGAGAGAUACGAACGAGAAGAGAGGCCUGCGUACUGUGAACGCGUGCUCGUGAAGGCGUUGAGAGUGAAGGUAGAACGAUCGAAGCACAGAGGAGUUGCGCAACGAAAUAAAGCUUUAGACUGGUUGGAACAACAGAUUUCGUACGUUGAACAGGAUCCGGUCGUUCUGUUCGUGGACGAUGAUAACGCGUACGCCGCUGAACAUUUUGUGAGAGCGACUAAGAUAGGAAAGGUAGGAGUUUGGCCUGUUGGAUUUCCGAGCACUAAGAGUAAGUUUGAAGCGCCCGUGGUUAAAACGCAACGUCAAAGUGACGCAUUGCGAUCUUCUUCGUCUUCUUCUUCUCCAAAAGUCGUAGGCUUUCGUUCGUUUUGGUGCGGAGAUUUAAAAAACUUUAAACCUCGCGUAUUUAACGUCGAUAUGUCUGGGUUCGGCGUUCGUUUACACGCCCUUGAGAAAGUACGAUUCGACGAGAAUGUGCGAUCUGGCUAUUUAGAAGACGCGUUCCUGCAGGCAAUCACACGUAGCGUUCUCAGAAGAGAUAAUAAAACCAGCGAAAACGAAAACGAAGGGAACCCGUCGCACUUACUGAACGCUCUCGAAACCACACACGUGUCCGAGAUAUUUGUAUGGCACUUAUACCACACGGUUCUUUCUGGCGAGACACCGGCCGCAUUGGUUGUCUCGAAAGUACCGAAGGGAGAUAGUUUCCUCUGUCCAUGA